UCGAAUUGGAUACUAUUCGAGAUACCUAUAUUUUACAAUAUUGAACAGGUUAAUUCCUCUGCACGGGGUUUUAAAAAAAGAAGCAACUUAAACAACUUACGUUGAAAGACAUUUUUAAUAAAUUUUCAGCAUGAAGAAAGGGAAAAAAAGUCGGUCCAGAUCUUCACGCUUUGAAGAUUCCAAGUCAUCAGAUUCAAUUAAUAAAAGUCACAUUGAAGAAAUAUCAUUAGAAAAGUCAAAAGUUCUAUUUCGUGAGCCAUUUGUCGUUUUGCUUCGUAAAUUUUGCGAUUCAUAUGAAGAAUAUUCAGAGCGUUUAAAAUCUGGUUGGAAGCACACUGCAUUUAUCCAUCCAUCGGUUCUUGAAGGCUGUAUUCCUUACACUCCCUACAUCAUUAUAAGAGGACAGACAAAUGAGGCUCUUUGUGAACCAGUAUCAAUGCAAUGUAUUAAAAAGAAAUCUGAGAUCUUUUUCCCAAAAUGUGAUAUGGGGUUUAAACAUGAAGAAUCUGUGACUCUUCAUCCUUACUAUAAAAAAAUUAAGCAUGCUGACAAUAUUGAUGUUUCAUUGGAACCAUUGAACCUUCCAGUUAAUGAAGAAUUAGCUAAUCACAUUUUAAGAAUUCUGAGCAACAGAUUUAUUCACUGUGGAAUGAUGCGGCCUUUUGUAUUAUUUGAUGCUACGUAUCGUUGUACUAUUUUAAAUAUUUCAUCAUCGAGUUUAGAGAAACAUUCAGAAACUGAAAAGUCCUAUAAUCAGUGUGAUUUAAAGAAUGAAUCAAGCACAUCAGACUUAAGUUUGAAUGAAACAAACUGUAGAAAUACUUCGUUAGUGGCACAUCUUGAAAGGGAACAAAGUGAUUUAAAUUUGUCUUUCACGACACAGAUGUCAUCCUUAUCUAUCAAAGAUGAUUCUGGAAAUCGUAUCAAGCAAAGUGAAAGUCAAGACUUUUAUAAAGUGACUUAUAAAACAAAACUGAAUAUCGUUCAGUCUUCAAAUUCAAGUGAGAGCAAGAGUGGACCAUUUUUCAGUGAUGUUGCAGGACUAAACCAGCAGUUACAUUCAAUCAAAGAAUUUUGUUUGAGGUUUUUUAGUAAAGAAAAUUAUAGUAAAAUGUGGGGAGCUUUAAUAUGUGUUGGUCCACACGGAACUGGGAAAACUUUGGUAGCAGAAGCAAUUUGUAAUGAGUUUAAUGUUCAUGUGGAAAAAAUUGAUUGGCAUGCUAUUUAUUCCAGAGAUAAUAUAACUGAUGCAAAAAGAGAAAUAAGGACCAUCUUUCAAAAUGCUACAGCAAGGACUCCAAGCAUAAUAUUAAUGGAUGGCUUCAAUUAUCUUUGUCCAAAUGGAAAAAGAACAGAUUUUCACAGCCAAGUUUCUUCUAUCAUAUCUGAUCUUGUUGAAGGUCAAAACGUAAGUUUUUAUAAAUGGAUGCAUAUCUGAAAA